GGUACUACUCGUUCACCUGCUUUCACUAUGGAUGGGGACUAUAUUAUUGGGGGAGCUUUUUCCAUUCAUUUCAAAGAGCAGACAAAGAUUUAUAACUACACCAACUUGCCUGAGCCAUCCAGCUGCACAGGGAGUGUUAACAGUCGUGAGCUACGCUUCUCUCGAGCUAUGAUCUUUGCCCUUGAGGAGAUAAACAACAGCACAGAGCUGCUGCCGGGCAUCAAACUUGGAUAUCAGAUCUUUGAUUCGUGUGCCUCCGUGCCUGUAGCCAUACAUGUAGCGUUUCAGGUAACAAAUGGAGUGGACCCUGUGUUCUACAAAGGCAGUAAUUGUUCCCAAUCUGGUAUUGUGAUGGCUGUUGUUGGAGAGUCUGGAUCCUCACCAUCCAUCAGCAUGUCACGCAUCAUCGGGUCCUUCAYCAUCCCUCAAGUGAGCCACUUUGCUACCUGUGCCUGUCUGUCAGAUAAGCAACAGUUUCCAAGCUUUUUCAGAACYAUUCCCAGUGAUCAGUUCCAYGCUGAUGCUCUGGCCAAGCUGGUGAAACACUUCGGCUGGACUUGGAUCGGUGCUGUUCGCUCUGACUCGGAUUAUGGAAAUAACGGCAUGGGGUCUUUUCUUGCUGCAGCACAGAGGGAGGGAAUCUGUGUGGAGUACUCUGAAUCCUUCUAUCGAACCGACCCAAGUAGCAAAAUCCAGAGUGUGGCUGAAGUUAUUCGCAGGUCAUCAGCAGUGGUUAUUGUGGCCUUUGUAGCAUCUGGAGACAUGAAGUUCCUGUUAGAGGAGCUGGCUCGGGACCCUCCACCACCUCGUCAGUGGAUAGGAAGUGAGUCCUGGGUAUCUGACCCAAACCUGAUGAAGUUCAGUUUCUGUGCAGGAGCCAUUGGAGUUGCCAUUCAYCAAUCWGUSAUCCCAGGUCUYAGKGACUURCUGCUGGAUCUCUCUCCCACUGAAGUAGCUGCCUCCUCAAUCCUGACUGAGUUCUGGGAGGAUGCAUUCAACUGCACACUUACAGAAAGUGCUGAAACAAAAAGGCUGUGUGAUGGAAAAGAAGACAUKAAGAUGCUCAACAUUUCCUACACUGAAACAUCAGACUUUAGAAUUACUAACAUGGUGUACAAGGCUGUUUAUACAAUAGCUCAUGCCAUUCACAAAAUGGUGUGUUAUACAACAAACGCUACCACUCAGUGUGAAAAAUGGGCAAAGUUAGAGUUGAAGCAGAUUGUUGCCACACUAAAAACAGUCAACUUUUCCCAAAAUGGUUAUCCUGUGUCUUUUGAUGUCAAUGGGGAUCCUGUAGCUUUUUAUGAGCUGGUCAACUGGCAAAGAAAAGAGAGUGGAAWAAUCGAGCUGGUAACAGUAGGAUACUAUGAUGCAUCACUGCCAAAAGGCCAGGAGUUUAGGAUUAGUAAGAAUCUUAACUGGGUGGAGAAUGGAACACAACCUCCAGUGUCAGUGUGCUCUGAGAGUUGUCAUCCAGGAACUCGUAAAGUGUUGCAGAAAGGAAAACCCAUCUGCUGCUAUGAUUGUAUACCAUGUCCUGAAGGAGAGAUCAGUAACAUGACAGAGUCUCUCGAUUGUGUCCCAUGCCCUAUUGAAUUCUGGCCCAAUGCUGAAAGAAAUGUUUGUUUUCCCAAACCUGUCGAAUUUCUGUCUUUUGAUGAAGUCCUGGCAAUCAUCCUGGCUGCAUUAACUGUUAUUGGAGCCUGUCUGACCAUCAUAACAGCAGCUAUUUUCUUUUGUCACAGAACAACUCCAAUUGUCAGAGCCAACAAUUCUGAGCUGAGCUUCUUGUUGCUCUUCUCUCUGACUCUGUGUUUCUUAUGUUCAUUAACUUUCAUUGGAGCUCCCUCUGAGUGGUCCUGCAUGCUGAGACACACAGCGUUUGGUAUCACCUUUGUUCUCU